AUGGCAGAGAAGAGGUUUGUGUACUUGGACGUACUGUAUCGAGGCCGUGAGGGAGAACUGGCGCUGUCUCCAUCAGGGAUAUCCUUUGUCACCACGGAUGGAAGCAACGAUGACGAAGAAGGGGACUAUGAUGCCUGCAUCACAAAGCCCCUGUUCAAAGUGCCAUGGGAAAAAGUCAAAAAGCACCGACUCAACUCCCCAAAGGCAGCAGAACCAUCCUUACGUCUGACGGUAUUGCGAGACUAUGGCGAGGGAGAGGAAGAAGAAACGAAUGUGUUUGGUCUAUCCAGCAGGAAGGAGCUUGAGAUUCUGGGCCUGGCCAUUGAUGUGCAUCAGCGCGAGUUCAAAGAGAACAUGAAGCCAAAGAAAGUACCACCCCAACCCCAACCAGACGCCAUCACGAUGGCCGGCACGGAAUCCACAGUGGCAGAGUCGGAGUUCGUCUCGUCCGUCGGCUUGUUGCCCUCUGAGGUAUCGUCCUUGGCAUCUCCCGACGGCGACUUCGUCGUAGAAGCGCAACCACCACCACCCCAGAUGGGAGGAGAUAGCGACCUCGUCCGCUUGGUUUACGAACACCUUCGUGCUACUUCGGAACAGACGAACAUGAUCUUGCAAGCCAUUUACAACAGAGAGCGUGAACAAGACAACCCUUCCGCCAAGGAGGCUUUGCCGACUGUCCAGGAAGGGUCAGUAAUGACAGCACAGAGACUUGAACAUCCGAUGUGUCGUUUAGAGCCGUCCGCCUCUGCAUCCAACAUAUCCCAGCUUUCGAGUCUGUCUGGGGUGGAUACCUUUGCGUCCUUGCCUUCGGUUCAGGAGCCGAUAAUUUUUGCUGGAUCCCCCAACAACCACCAAGAUAUCAAUGCUGUUUCGGUAGCAGAUAGUGAUUACACACACCAACUUGACGAAGACCGCGAAAUAGAAUACCUCUGUGCAAAGGAGAAGAAUGAUGAACUCAGUGCAUUGGAGACAGUCCGAGAAGAGUCCGUCGUGACCCCACAGCCACUUCAAGAUGCCGUGUGUCAAUGGGAGCAUUCAUCCUCUGAAGUCUCUCAGCAGUCAGGGGGGUCCAAGGCGGAUACUGGUGAGGUUGGGUCGUUGCCAUCCGUCCGGGAGCCCAUGCUUCUUGCAGGUUCGCCCGGCCGCCGCCAUAGCCUUGAGCCUAAUCGGACAUUUGCGCCUAUUCGGAGACUUGGUAGUGAAGACGCAGGCGAAGUUCGCACCCUUGCGAGACAACUGGAUGAAGAAGAUCGCCAAGCCAAGGAGCAGAACAGGCGACAAGAUCCCAGCGGCAACAUUGGUGAGGCCGGCGAACUUGCCACUAGAGAGAGCAAGAUGAAGCCCGGAUUAACUCACCGCCGCCAAAGCACUAAGCGCGGCAUUGCCAAACAAUUGGAUGAAGAAGACCGCCAAGCCAACAGGAAACAAGACCCUACUAGCGGUAACAUUGUUGAUGAGAGUGACGUUGGAGAAAGCGAACCCCCUCAUCGCCGGCAAAGCACCAAUCGGACCUUUGCCGGACGGUUUGAUGAAGAUUAUCACCAAGGCGAGGAGCAGAGCAGGACACCAGCCCCCAGAAACAACGCAGUGACCACCGAGCCCAGCCGGGGGAGCAAGCCAUCGCCUCCGGCUCGGCAACCGCAGCUGGAAGAGUCUCAGGAGCAACUCAAGCAGCAAGUUCUGCAGCUCUUGAAACAGCCUUCCGUUCCAAACUUCUCCGACGAGGAGCGCGAUGGCCGCAGCAACGUCAGGCCCGGUGCCUAUCAUCUUCGCGCUGACCAAGUGCCAAGGUAUGAGUUGGCAGAUAUCCCUGAAACAGAAGAACAGACCGUUGCAUUCGAAGGCAUUAGCCAUGACCAGCUGAUCGAAGCCUAUCUAGUCGCUCAACACCAACAAGACAGCGCCCAUCGCGUUUCUAGCCCACCCGAAUCCGAGUCCGGCAGUCACUACGAAGAUGAUGAAAGCAAUAAGACCAAGCCUCGUUUUUGGGAGUUGUCCGAAGUGGAGUUUCUCAAUGCGCUGGAGACAGUCAUGAUCAACAAGUGCACGGAAGCAGUUCCUCUGGAUCAAGACAUUGCGGACCUAAAAGCUGAUGUCGAUUUCCUGCGGGCUGCAGUCAGCAGGUCCAUGACGGUGCCCGAGAAUCCUGCGCAGCACUGCGGUGGAAAAUCCUUGUCGGCGCCCGAGAAUUCGGCGCACAUCUGCAGUGAACAUUUAUCACAAUGUUCUCAAACGUCACCGCCACCCUCCACAGUUGCGCAGGGAUCAUCCGUCCACGGAUCAGCGGUGCCAACGUUCCAAGGCGACCACACAUACCAAGCCCCAAAUACCGCAGUUGUUCCACAGGAAGAUCCUGCCUGCUGCGUGAUUCUAUAG